CCACCAUUCUUGCCUCGUUCGCCAAGAGGCUUGCCCGUCUUUCUCUUCAUGCUCCUCCUGCGGCUAUCAUAAUGGUAAUCCCGUUUAUUUACAAUAUCCUAAAACGACAUCCAUCCCUCAUGGGAAUGCCGUCUCCGCUCUUGACCGAUGCUAUUUCUUCAUCCCUUUGGGAAAUUCAAAGUCAUAGAGCCCAUUAUGCGCCGCCAGUUGCAACCAUGGCUCGCAUCUUCUCUGAGCCAUUCACCAAACCAUCAUAUGUCCAGGAGGACUUUUUGGAUCAUACGUAUGGAACCCGCAAGAUAACCAAGGACCCUGCCUUACAGAUGACCCUCGAAGGACCUUUGUUCGCUCGUUCAGAGGAUCCGGAUGUGAAGUGGGAGGAUAUCAGCGAUCCAUGUCAAUUAUGGGCAUAA